GAUGCGCAUGAGAGGGCCUGUGCGGCCACAACAAAAACAUCAAGAAUGUUCCUGUGUCAAACUGUCUGUGCACUCGGUCUUGAGAAAUGACACCUCCACAAAAAGAAACGUGCACUGCGGUGGUUGUAUUUUGCCUUCUGAUGUGAUUGGCGUCUGUGCAGUCGGCGUACCAGCGGAGGGGCUCUCCAGAGCGGCACGCUCUUGGCCGGGAGGGGGGGGGGGGGGGGGGCUGAGAGAAGGCACCUGACUACCGAGCAUCUCUUCUGCAAAGUUCUUCGCGCGUCAGGCUCCUCCCUACUUCCUUCAGCCAAUCCACAAUUGCUCAGAGUUAAGAUUCGGCGCACCGAGAGAGCGAGCCCAUGCGGAGUCUGUGAGGCAACUUGUCUGCUGAAAGAGAGAUGAAUUUGGGGGAGCACAAUGGCCCGGCAGCGGGCUGUUGCAACGGCAAACUCAGGCAGUGGCUGAUCGAUCAGAUUAACAGCAGGAAGUACCCCGGACUGGUUUGGGAAAACCACGAGAAAACCAUCUUCAGGAUUCCGUGGAAGCACGCGGGAAAGCAGGACUAUAACCGAGAGGAGGACGCGGCGCUCUUCAAGGCGUGGGCUUUGUUCAAGGGGAAAUACAAAGAAGGCGUGGACAAGCCGGACCACACCACGUGGAAAACCAGGCUUCGCUGCGCCCUCAACAAAAGUAACGACUUUGAUGAGCUGACGCACAGAACCCAGCUGGACAUCUCGGAGCCUUACAAAGUCUACAGGAUCAUUCCAGAAGCGGCCAAGAGAGGUACAGGAACAGGGACGAAGAUGUGCGCCACGAUCGGAGAUCCAUCCCAUUCCUUUGAAAUGAUGCCACCAUAUUCAACACUGGUACAGACGCAGAUGGUUUCCCAGGAGAUAAGAGAGUGGAGAGAUUGCAAACGCCCCGAACAACACCCCAUUCCUCCCGCGCAUCACUGUGGAUCGCGCGGGGAGCUGGCGUACCCUCAAUGUCACUUCCCUUCGCCAAUCGGCCGAGCUUGGCCCGAGCCGCAGUCGGAAAACGGGUUUCAGUUCUCCUUCCACCCGUACAUGUCCGAGGCCCAACAACCUGUGUAUAUGACGGGGGACAGCGAUAUCAUAACAGAUUUCAGCCUGCAUGUGUCCCUAUUCUACAGAGAGUCUCUGGUGAAGGAGGUGACCACCAGCAGCCCCGAAGGUUGUCGCAUCACGCCUCCUUCCGCCUCCUCCUCCCCCACGCCGCCUUCCUCUUCCCCGUGGCCCCCAGAGUUUCACAGCGGGGCGGAUCUCGUUCUCUUCCCGCUGCCGUUCCCCGAGUCUCAAAGGCAAGGUGCCGAGAGGCUUCCCGAUAUCCUGGAGCGGGGAGUGAUGCUGUGGAUGACGUCCGACGGCCUGUACGCCCGGCGCCUUUGCCAGGGCCGCGUGUUCUGGGAGGGGCCCCUCGCUCCCUAUGUGGAUAAACCCAAUAAAUUGGAGAAAGAGAUGCCGUGCAAACUUUUUGACACCCAGCAAUUUCUGAUUGAGCUGCAAGAUUUUGCCCACAAUGGACGACGUGUACCGAAACACCAGGUGGUCCUCUGUUUUGGAGACGAGUACCCCGACCCACAGCGUCCAAAAAAGAUGAUCACUGCUCAGGUGGAGCCAGUGUUUGCCAGAAAAUUGUUCAACUAUUACCAGCAGAGCAAUGGCCACUACUCGCAGACUUACCAACACACCCGAGAACAGAACACAUCGAGUCCAAACGGCCUCCCGUCCCAGAGACCCUCGCACAUCUAGGAGUGACACACACAAGGGCAACCUUUUAUCACACCUUUCAAUGACGCAACGUGGAGAAGCCCCAAUGAAACUAACACCGCCCCCGUGCCGCCGAUCCCACCACCAUCCCCAUACGUUGCUCAGCUUUACCAAGAUUUGUGAC